ACUGGUUCUUCCUCAGAUUCUCACUCUCGCCAUUAAUGGAGGCAAAGCUCUCAGAAGCCCCCAUGCGGGCCAUUUUGACUCCGGGUUCCAUAUACUCCUCAAGACCCGACCCGCAUUUUGCAUUACAGAGUAACCCCAAAUCCUUUCGAUCCAAUCUCGCAACAAAAGCAAAGUAUCGCCCUCUUCAAGUUUCUUCUUCUCCCAUCAGGCAUACGAGGAAGAAGAGGGUGGAUGAAAGUGAGAGCCUGACUCUAAAGAGUAUAAGACACUCACUAAUCCGACAAGAGGAUAGCAUAAUUUUUGGCCUUUUGGAGAGGGCUCAAUAUUGUUACAAUGAAGAUACAUAUGAUCGCAAUGCAUUCUCUAUGGAUGGGUUCCGUGGUUCUUUGGUGGAGUUCAUGCUUAAAGAAACUGAAAAGCUUCAUGCCCAGGUGGGCAGAUAUAAGAGCCCAGACGAGCAUCCUUUCUUCCCAACUGACUUACCUGAGCCAAUGCUUCCACCUUUGCUAUAUCCACAGGUUUUGCAUCGUUGUGCUUCUUCCAUCAACAUUAACAGCAUGAUUUGGAACAUGUACUUUCGAGACCUUCUUCCGAGAUUGGUAAAACCAGGAGAUGAUGGUAAUAGUGGAUCAACUGCUGUUUGUGACACAAUUUGCUUGCAGGCACUCUCAAAGAGAAUCCAUUAUGGUAAAUUUGUAGCAGAGGCAAAAUUCCGAGAAUCCCCUGCCAGCUAUGAGGCUGCCAUUAGAGCUCAAGACAGGAAUCGACUAAUGGAAAUGUUGACAUAUGAAAUGGUGGAAGAAGCCGUGAAGACAAGAGUAGAGAUGAAAGCGAAAACGUACGGUGUAGAGGUAAGGAUCAAUCAAAAUGAGGAUGAUGCUGAUCCAGUGUACAAAAUCAAGCCGAGUUUAGUCGCCAACCUUUAUGGAGUUUGGAUCAUGCCGCUGACAAAGGAAGUUCAGGUCGAAUACUUGCUGCGACGGUUGGAUUAAAACUUCAAAUGAUAUAUAAUCUUAGUUUUAACGCAAUUUGGAUAUUGCUAAUGUCAGUGAUUUUCAAUUUCAAUUACUUUGAACAUGGAUAGAGUUUUUUUUGUUUUUUGUUUUUUAGGAGAUCAGUGGCCUCUUAUUUGCGAAGUAUACUUUACUUUGAAAUUUGUAAUAACAUGCAUGCAGCACAUUUAUUCUGCAUUUGGCCUAGUUGUAACAAGUGAAGUAAAUUUAAAUUAAAUUAAAUUGAUGAA